UGAGGUGCAAAGCAUCGCGAUAAGCGUGGCACGUAUAAAAGCACCCAACACUCUCGCUUGUGAGUGAGAACCGCUUCGCCCUUCUUCUGAGCGAGAGAGAUACAGCUUUUUCAACAUGUCUGCCGGUAACGCUCGGAUAGGAAAACCAGCUCCUGACUUCAAGGCCACUGCUGUGAUGCCUGAUGGCCAGUUCAAGGAAAUCAGCCUGUCGGACUACAGAGGGAAGUACGUGGUGUUCUUUUUCUACCCGUUGGACUUCACCUUCGUCUGCCCCACCGAGAUCAUUGCCUUCAGCGACGGCGCAGAGGACUUCAAGAAGAUCAACUGCGAGGUGAUCGGAGCCUCGGUGGACUCGCACUUCUGUCACCUGGCGUGGAUCAACACUCCCAGGAAGCAGGGUGGCCUGGGCCACAUGAAGAUCCCGCUUGUGUCUGACACACGGCGCUCCAUCUCUCAGGACUACGGCGUGCUGAAGGAGGACGAGGGCAUCGCUUACAGAGGCCUAUUCAUCAUCGAUGACAAGGGAAUCCUGCGGCAGAUCACCAUCAACGACCUUCCCGUGGGCCGCUCUGUGGAGGAGACCCUGAGGCUGGUGCAGGCCUUUCAGUUCACAGACAAGCACGGAGAGGUGUGCCCCGCAGGAUGGAAACCCGGCAGUGACACCAUCAAGCCCGACGUCAAGGAAAGCAAAGGCUUCUUCUCCAAGCAGUAGCAAGCAUGAUUGAGUCUGCUCACUGCGCUAGUUCAAACGUCUAAAGCACCUGGAGAUUUUUAGAGUAGAUGUGUGCCUGGAAGAAGAAAGUGACCUAUUUUGUAUUUGUUACUGUAAAGAGUAGAAAGAGCACAGAGUCUCUUUGAUGUUGCAGUGUCGGUUGGUUGUCAUAGCGACGCUUGUAGUCUGCCAUUUUGUGCUUGAAUGGCAUCUGUUUGUGUCUCUUGAAGAGAGCGGUGUGUUUGAACUCUCACAGCUGCCCCCACCUCCUCAGCAAUCUUUGUAGGCAAAAACAUCUGAUCUAAAUAAAGUGGUAUGUAUU